CUGGCUCCAUCCUUUCAUCUUAUUCACAAGUCAAAACCAAUCAACCUCGGUGGCCUCUUUUAAUGGAGUUUGCGACGUCAAGCUCCAAAUCUGUCUCAAUUUUCUUCUUUGGAUUUCUGCUUCUGAUCAGUUUCUUCACAGAUUUCCCAUCCAACGCUCAACUUAUUCCCCUACAUGAAGUGGACACUCUUCAGGCAAUAUCUGAUGAAUACGACAACGUAAAUUGGGCGGUUACACAGACAUCUUGCAUUAAUGCAAAUGAGGGAUUUAAUAAUUACAUUAUUAAUAUGCAUCAACUCAGUGAUUUCUUUACACUUGCCAGCAAUGUCACUUGCGAUUGCUCCUUCCAAAACGGCACCGUUUGCCAUGUCACUAAUCUUAUGCUGAGAGGCCUGAAUAUAUAUGGAGUUAUCCCCGCUGAACUCGGAGAUCUCACCCAGCUGAAUAUCAUUGAUCUCACUUACAACUAUCUGAAUGGUGCAAUUCCAACGUAUUUUACUCGCAUCCCUAUUACCAAUCUGUCCAUUGUGGGAAAUCGAAUUAGUGGUUCAAUUCCUUCUGUGUUUGGUGAAAUUGCUACUCUACAGGAGCUGGCCUUGGAAGAUAAUCAGCUCGGAGGACAUCUUCCUCAAAGUUUUGGAAAUUUGAGCAACUUACGAAGAUUACUUCUUUCUGCAAAUAAUUUUACAGGGACAAUACCAGAAACAUUUGGAAAUCUCAAGAACCUUACUGAUUUUAGGAUAGAUGGGAGCACAUUAUCAGGGAAGAUACCAAGUUUUAUUGGGAAUUGGACAGAAUGUAUUUAUUUGAAUAUGCAGGGCACAGGCAUGGAAGGCCCUAUUCCUUCCACCAUAUCUUUGUUGAAAAAUUUGAAAGAAUUGAGAGUAUCUGAUUUGAGUGGAAACACAACUAUGAAAUUUCCUGAUUUGAAGGAUAUGAAGAGUUUGCAACGACUGGUACUGAGAAAUUGUUCAAUUACUGGUGAAAUUCCAAAGUACAUUGGCGAAAUGAAAGACUUAAAGACUUUGUUUCUGACAAACAAUUAUCUGAGUGGAAAAAUUCCAGAAUGGGUGGUGGAGAACAGAGAAUAUAUUGAUUUAUCAUAUAACAAUUUUACUGAGGUUUCUACAUCUAAUUGCCAGAACUUGCAAGUGAACUUAGCUUCCAGUCUUUCAUCAUCAGGAACAAAUGCAACCUUCUGUUUCAAGAAGGGCCUACCUUGUCCAAGAACACCUCAAUAUAACUCGUUGUUCAUUAACUGUGGAGGACCAAAGAUGAAGUUUGAGGGGAAUGAAUAUGAAGAAGAUCCCAAUCCAGAUGGCAUUUCGUACUUCAAUAUCAAAGAUGACAAAUGGGCUUAUAGCAGCACAGGAACAUAUAUAUUUAAUGAUAAAGCUGAUUAUGUAACAAGUGUGACAAAAAAUAAGUUUUCUUUGUUUGUUAAUGGCUCAGAAUACUAUCAAACAGCCCGUCUCAGCCCUUCGUCACUUAAGUAUUAUGGCCUAUGCAUGCUGAAGGGUAAUUAUAAAGUAAAGCUCCACUUUGCAGAGAUAAUGUUUUCAGGUGACCAAAAAUUUAGCAGCCUUGGUACACGCAUAUUCGAUGUUUCAAUUCAAGGUUUGAAAUACUUGAAAGAUUUUAAUAUUGCGAAGGAAGCUGGUGGAGUUGGUCAGGGCAUCACUAAGGAAUUUGAUGUUGAUGUGAACGAUAGCACUUUGGAGAUUCAUUUAUAUUGGGCAGGGAAAGGAACUACUGCAAUUCCCACUAGAGGUGUAUACGGACCUCUAAUAUCUGCUAUCACAGUGAUGCCAAACUUCAAAGUUCCUUCACAAAGGAAUGAAAAAGGGUUUUCUGCCGGAGCUGUUGUUGGAAUUGUGGUUGGAUUAUGUGCAUUCCUCAUACUGGUGUUACUCAUUAUCCUUCGAAAGAAUGGUUUCCUUGAUAGGAAAGAUUCACAAGACAUAGAUCUUAAGGGCUUGGAUCUUAAAACUGGUAUAUUUACCUUAAAGGAAAUCAAUGCAGCAACCAACAACUUCAAUGCUGACAAUAAGAUUGGAGAAGGAGGGUUUGGUCCUGUUUAUAAGGGCAUUCUCAAAGAUGGCAGAAUAAUUGCAGUUAAGCAGCUAUCUGCUAAAUCAAGGCAAGGAAAUCGUGAAUUUCUAAAUGAAAUAGGCAUGAUUUUUGCUUUGCAACACCCUUGUCUUGUUAAGAUUUAUGGCUGUUGCGUUGAAGGAGACCAGUUGUUGCUCAUAUAUGAGUUUAUGGAUAACAAUAGUCUUGCUUAUGCUUUAUUGGGCCCAGAAGAACUCCAAAUAAAAUUGGAGUGGCCAACAAGACACAAGAUUUGUGUUGGGAUUGCUAGAGGUUUGGCUUACCUUCAUGAAGAAUCAAGAUUUAAAAUUGUUCAUAGAGAUAUCAAGGCUACUAAUGUGUUGCUUGAUAAAGACCUCAACCCCAAGAUAUCUGAUUUUGGUUUGGCCAAGCUUUACGAGGAGGAAAAUACACACAUUAGCACCAGAAUUGCUGGAACUCGUGGUUAUAUGGCUCCUGAAUAUGCAAUGCAUGGAUAUUUGACUAAGAAAGCAGAUGUUUAUAGUUUUGGAAUCGUUGCUUUGGAAAUUAUCAGUGGCAAGGUCAACACCACGCAAAAGUCAGAGGAUGAAUGCUUUUAUUUGCGUGAUUGGGCACAUCAGUUGAAAGACGGAGGUAAUCUGAUGGAUUUGGUGGAUCCAAAGUUGGGUGAGGACUUUAAUAGAGAGGAAAUAAUGACUGUGAUUGAUAUGGCUCUCCAAUGCACUGAAAACUCUCCAAAACUCAGGCCUACCAUGUCUAAAGUGCUUAGCAUUCUUGAAGGCAGGCCUGCUGAUCUGGAGGUAGUCUCAGAUGAUGAAAGUGAGAUUAUGGAUGAUGACUUGAAACUGAAAUUGGUCAUGAAAGAAGAAGCUGAUAAAGAUGAGACUAAUCAGGCCAUAAACUCGUCAACCCAUGGCCAGUAA